AUGGGUGAUCAUUCGAACGUGUCGAUCUGGCAGUCGAUCAAAGGCAACCCCAAGGUCUUGUUUAUCGCUCUAUUCGCCUCGCUUGGUGGUUUCGAAUAUGGUUACCAGCAAGGUGUCUUGGGCCAGUCUUUGGUCAUGACCCGUUUCACAGAGAACUUCCCCUCUGUGGUCAAAUCUGCUGGAGCUACCGGCUGGCUCACCUCUGUCCUUCAGCUUGGUGGUCUUUUCGGUUCACUCACGGCCGGUAUCCUGAGCGAGCUCAUUUCGAGAAAAUACACCAUGUUUGUGGCCUGCUGCUGGGUCAUCUUGGGCAGUUUCCUCUAUGUCGGUGCUCAGGCUGGCACACCUUCGCUGUUGUAUGCCGGCAGAUUCUUUACUGGUGUCGGUGUCGGACUCUUUAGUGGUGUCGGCCCGCUCUACAAUGCCGAACUUUCUGCUCCUCACAUGAGAGGACUACUGGUCUCGUCUUAUCAACUAGCAACAAUCCUAGGCAUUAUGAUCUCUUUCUGGGUUGGUUACGGCAGUAACUACAUUGGUGGCACUGGCGAGGGCCAGUCGAAUCUCGCAUGGCGUCUCCCCUCAAUCAUCCAAGGCAUUCCGGCUGUCUGUCUUGCUGUCGGCAUCUGGUUUAUGCCAUUCUCACCUAGAUGGCUGGUAAAGAUGGGUCGUGACGAUGAAGCCAAGAACACGCUUGCGUGGCUGCGUAAACUCCCAAUUGACCACGAUGAACUUGACGCCGAAUACCUUGAGAUCAAGGCAGAAGCACUGUUCGAGCAGAAGGCAUUCGCUCGUGAUUUCCCUGAUCUUGCCGAGCAGCGCCAAAGCCGUUUCAAACAUCAACUUGUGCAGUAUCGUAUGUGCUUCCGAUCGAUGGACAACUUCAAGCGUAUCUGCACCGCAUGGCUUGUCAUGUUCUGGCAACAGUGGUCAGGGAUCGACGCCAUUAUAUACUAUGCGUCGAAUGUAUUCAUAAGUCUCGGUCUCACAGGCGGUACGAAUGCUCUGUUGGCCACUGGUGUCACUGGUGUGGUGUUCCUUGUCAGCACCAUUCCUGCCAUGCUAAUCAUCGACCGAGUCGGUCGCAAACCAAUGUUGCUAGUAGGCUCUGUCGUUAUGGGUGUAUGUAUGGUGAUCGUUGGUGUCAUAGUCGCCAAAUUCAGCCACGACUGGCCGGGUCACGUGGCCGCUGGCUGGACUGCAGUCGCUCUCAUCUGGGUCUAUAUUGCUGGCUUUGGAGCAACAUGGGGUCCUGUAUCCUGGACGCUCGUUUCUGAGAUCUUCCCUCUCUCUAUCAGAGCAAAGGGCGCUUCAAUCGGUGCUUCGUCGAAUUGGCUCAACAACUUUGCUAUUGCUUUCUUCGUUCCUCCCAUGCUAAAGUCAUGGCACUGGGGCACGUACAUCUUCUUCAGCGUCUUUCUUGCUGGCGCGAUAGUGUGGGUGUGGUUCUGCCUUCCUGAGACGAAGAAUGCCACUCUUGAAGAGAUGGACCGCGUAUUCAAGAGUCAGGCUGGUGAAAGAGAUGCUGAGUUGCUCAGAGAAGCCAAGCAGGAGGUCAGCAUGCUUGCGAUCAGAGUGGAAAAGGGCGAAAAGGGUCAUGUGGAGGAGGUUCAAAUGGUCUGA